AGGAGAGCAAUAGUAUCCCCCUCCCUCCUGUUAAUUGUAGCAUGUUUUUCAGCCAUGCUUUCCAGUCACAUUCGCAGCUUGUGAGAGGGAGCAGUGCCGAAGCUCGCCGGCUGAGUGCUGUCCGUGCCGGCUGGGCAGCGCGUGCCUGCCCGCAGCGUGGGUGCCCGCAGGUGCCGGGCAGCGCCUGGGGCCACAAGGCUUGGUGCCGGGAGCGGGAGCCCUGUAUGCCCGAGUCCCAGUGACACUGCUGGGCUCUCCACAUCAUCUGCGUUCCUCACCUCCUCGCCUGCUUGGCCUCCAGCCGCCGGUCCAGCUUGCUGGCUGUGAUACCCCAGUGGGCCCUCCCCUGGGCUCCCGUGGGAGCUCCGAGCAGCAUUUUGCUGGAGCCAGGGGACCUGCAGUGGUCGACGCAGCAGGAGCUGUGCGGUGCCUGGCUGGGGAUGCUGUGGGCUGCCGUGGGAAUGCCUGCCUCCCAAAGUGACUGCAACUAACUCGAGGUUGGGACUACUUCUCGGAGGAUGCCCUGUGUGUCUUCACACUCUCCCCUCUGGCCUCGCCGCAGAAUAUUUGGAGUUAUUUGCUUGCCCCUGCUGAUGGGGUACGGAGUCACAGGCCUCCAGAGGGUUAAGAGCAUCUGCCUUUAUGCCAAGUAUUCAAGCAGGAAAUAAUCUGCAGAGAUACAUGUGCAGCAAUUCAGCUGCUGAUGCUCUCCCAGGCGGCUGCUGCUGCAGUUCGGUGUGUGUGAGAAGCCACGCUGCUCAAAGAAGAUGCUUUCCUUGUCUGUCCGAAGUGCUGGGCAUGGCAGCAGAACCCCGGCUCCUGGAGCUGGGGUAAAUAUCUCCACCCAAGAGGAAUUAUGUUGACCUGCAGGCUCUGUUGGCUGGCUGAGGAAAACUGCCCCGGAGAUGCUUCCAGAGAACGAGAUGGAUGCAAUUCAAAAGGAAUGGUGGACCUGGAAACCAGCUGGAGAUUGCGAAGUCUACUUUCCCUGAAGGUUGCUGGUCAGUGGUCACCUUCCGCUUCACACAAGGAAACUAGAAGAGCUUCACAUUAACUUCUGUAUGGUUUGUUUCACAAUGGAAGAUCAAAUGAUUUUCUGGCUCAGGUUUUGUGAAGUUCGGCAUCUACUUUGGACCCAAAAUUUGGAAAAGGGAUCAUCUCGGAGGCAGAGUUAAGAGACAGAUUAACCAGUACCAGAUGAUGAGCACUUUAAGUAGCACUGGAAUAUUACUCAGCUUGACAACAGUGUCUGUUACACUGGAUUUUAGUUUGCAUGGUGGUCUGAUGGCUUGGUCUUUAAGCAGCAAUUUGACUCUGAAUCAGAGUUUGCCUACAUCUGAUCCUCUUAAUGCUUCUGAGAAGGGCGAAGUCUCUCGGAUGUCGGUGAGAGAGAAGAACUGGCCAGCCCUCUUGAUCUUGGUCAUCAUUCUGCUUACCAUUGGGGGGAACAUACUGGUAAUUAUGGCUGUGUCGUUGGAGAAGAAAUUGCAGAACGCCACAAACUUCUUCCUGAUGUCCUUGGCAGUGGCAGACAUGCUGGUGGGUAUCCUGGUCAUGCCCGUGUCGCUCAUUGCAGUCCUGUACGGGAUAUCUAUGCCCAUUCCAGUCAUUGGUUUGCAGGAUGACUCCAGGGUAUUCAUAAAUGGGACUUGCGUCCUCAACGAUGAGAACUUCGUCCUCAUUGGAUCCUUCAUGGCAUUCUUCAUUCCUCUCAUCAUCAUGGUGAUCACGUAUUGCCUGACCGUCCAGGUGCUGCAGAGACAGGCAACAGUGUUCAUGUGUGGAGAGGUGCCCAAGCAGAGGAGAAGCAGUGUGAACUGCCUCAAGAAAGAAAACAACACAGAGAACAUUUCAAUGCUUCACAAUCAUGAGGGGGCAUCUCACUUGAACUCUCCUGUAAAUAAGGAGGCAGUGCUUUUUCGAAAAGGAACUAUGCAGUCCAUCAACAAUGAACGAAGAGCCUCCAAGGUCCUGGGCAUCGUUUUCUUUUUGUUCCUCAUCAUGUGGUGCCCCUUUUUCAUCACUAAUGUCAUGUCUGUCCUUUGCAAGGAAGCCUGCGAUAAAGACCUCUUGAGUGAACUCCUCGAUGUGUUUGUUUGGGUGGGGUAUGUUUGCUCUGGGAUUAAUCCCCUUGUAUACACACUUUUCAAUAAAACAUACCGCAGGGCUUUUUCCAAUUAUAUCCGCUGCCAAUACAAGACUGGUAAAAAAUCAGCACUGCGACAGAAUCAGUGUCUGAAUGUUGCUUCAACAGCUUUAUAUGGGAAGGAUCUGACUUUAACUAGUUAUCGAAACGGCAAUGAACUCAACAGCAUGGAACUAGAUGAAGUUGAGGAGGGCCUUGUAAUGCAACCAGGGACUUCAGAGCUCUCCAUAAACAGCUGUAAUGUUGUAAGUGAAAGAGUGAGCUGUGUGUAAAGGUGGCUCACACAGCCUUUUGCUACAGUAUAUCUGUAGCCAAAAUAUAUUGUAUAAAAAUGUAAGUGUUGGUCAAAGGACAAUGUAAAUAUUGCAUUCUGAACAAAACUUUUUUUUUUAAGAAAAAAAAAGUUGUCUUUCCAGUCCAGUACUUAAAAUCAUAUAUAUUAAUAUACUGCAGUGAAGUUUAAGGUUCUAUAUUUACUGUUAAUACUAGAUCAGAACUAUUAGUUACUUUGCAUAUGUCAUGGACAAAAUGUUUGAAUUCUUCUUCCAGUGCAUGAACAAAAAUGCUGAAUAUUUAUCUCAGGUGGCAUUUGCUGGAGUCCAGAAUGGCACGUUUAUAGUUAUAUAUCAAAUACAUGCUAUUAGACUUGGUCAGUAUAACUUUCUUUUUCCAGUUGACAGUAAAUAUAUACUUUAAAUCCUCACCUCUAUUUGUGCCGUGUAAAGACUGUACAGAAACCUGGCAGAGAGAUAUGAUGAAAGCAUGGCAGCUGUGUAUGCAGCUGGCGAGAUAUGUCCUGUUAAGGGUAGUGGCUCACUGCCAUACUGGGGCAAUUUUGCACUUCUAUGGACCUCUUUUAAAUUUUGACUUCCUCUCCAGUCCUGCUGCAUUCUUUCUAUUCACUAGGAGGCUUCUGCUCCAAUAAGAAAGGUGGGGAAUGCAGUUCUGGUGUGGCUUUGUGGUCCUGACUGGGAUCGCUUGUACUCUUGGAGAAGAAGCAUGAGAAACAGAGCCAACCCCCGUUAUCUGCUUUAACCAUUUUACAAAUGGAGAUCCUCAGAUUUAUAAAAAGCCCCCCCUUGUUCUUAUAGAUAAUCAUCUGUUAUGGGAUGGGGGAAGUGGUGCUCAGUGUGGAUGGCACUGCCUUCAGAGUUUGCUUGGAUGAUCAGAGUCUUUGGUUCACCUGGAGAAGAGUGCUCUGUCUUUGUAAGGGCUCAUCUUCUCUAUCCCCUCAUCUCUUUAGUCAUUAGCUCAUUUUGCAUUUGCUUUUAUUUUUCAAAACCCAGGGAUCUGCAGUGUUGGUGCACACAGCUUAGGGUGUAGGGCAGAAGCUGCUGUGCCUGUGGCACAGCUUGGGGUCAGGCUCUGAGGUUCAGGAUACAGCUCCCAGGUGCUACUCAGAAGAGAGGCAUAAAUGAAGGAUCGCUACAUUUUUCUCCUGUCUCAGGAGGUGAUGGGAAGAGCUGGACAGAGUAUGUGACUGGAAUCGUUUGCUGGUGAUGUGGUUCAAAAACUAUGACCAGGGACAGGAAGGAAGCAGACAUGGAAUUAUGACCUGGAGCAAGUCUACAUGGAAGAUUAAUCUGGAUUAACUUUUCAAAUUGAUUUAUGCCAUUUCACUCCCAAAGUAAAUUAUAUUAUAUCAUAUUAAAGCCACUUAUAUCUUAAUGAAAACAUCCACAUCAAGAUUUAAUGCAGUUUAACUAAUCUGCUUUUAAUUCACACCGUAAGUAAUUUGAAUUAAUUUUCUUCUGUGUUCCUGUGUAGACAAACCCUCAAAGGCACCAUGUCUUCCUGGCACAGUGCCUCUGGGGUGAUGCCUCUCAUGCAAUUUCCUUUAUGUAGAGUAUUGUCUAAUGCCAGAUCUAACCCAUAAUGUUUUUAUAUCUUCAUUAACUAAUACACAAGUGCUGCAGUCAUCCAUCUAACACGGAUGCAUUUAGCACGACUAACAGCCGCUGGCUAUGAAGAUCCUCAGAAGAGGAAAGCUUACAUUAGGCAUGGAUAAGUUGCAUUUUACUAAUAUGAGCUGCUUGUACUCUAAGCUUGCCGUGUUCAUCCCACCAAAAUUCACUUGUAGAGGAAAGAGAAAAUUUUGAAAGUGCAUUAGUGCAAUGUCGUGCUGUUGUUUUGCUGUGUACAGUAAAAACGUUGCUAAGAGGCCACUACUGAAACACAUCAUAAGCGUUGCAUCUCCUACUGGGCUGCUUCCAGCUUGAAACAGUGAAGCUGCUGGUCCUCUCUUCUCUUUCAUUCCCCCCUGUGCAAAAUCUAUAGUACUUCCAUGCAGGCAGGCAAGGUGUCCGUUGAGACCAUAGCUUACUGCUUGCAGAAGGCAGCAGAGAUGGACUGCGUACCAGUCUGCUGACAGUUUCACUGGCUUGAAUGCUUGGGAAUCUACCUGCCUGUCCAAAAAGGUCUGCUAAACAGCAGGAAAAGGACUAGCCAGAAACACAAACUUGUGCCUUCAGUGACUGCCCUUUGCUCUGUGUCAGAUCUGAAUAUCUGAAGCAGUAGAGAAAAAUCAGAAAGAUCACAUUGCUUUUGUAGUUCUUCCUCCCUCCCCUCGCUUGGGUGAAUUCAUAGCACAUCUUUUACAAACACGUAUAUGUCUGGGUGUAUAUAUAUAUGUGUGUGUGUACAUAUAUAUACAUAUAUAUAUAUAUAAAAGCCAACCACAGACUUUGAAAGCAUUUAGCAAUAAGUUGAAUUACAGUAGCUUCUAGCACAUGUGAAUAGGUCAUAUGUGAAUAGCUCAUUUGCCACAGCAUCCUCGAACUUGGUGUAAGUCCACACAAAUGCAUUUUCUUUGCAUAGGAGCCUUCAUGUCUUACCCUUGCCAGUUCUGUUGUAUGGGCAAAAAGGGAACCUACUAUAUUUGGAUGUAAAUAAUGAGAACUGAACUGAGAAUUUACAGAAUUUUUAUAUAUGUUUUUAAGAAAUUCAGCACCAGAACUGUAAAUAUGUCAAGUGUUGCUACUCAGCUGGACCCGUUCUGAUGUAUGUUACUUCUAUAGAUAACCAGACAAGGGGACUGCCUUAUAGAGCCUGUGUUAUCUCCCGGCCAGCGGGUGAUAACAUUUUUGUGAAUGAUUAAAUACUGUCAAUUGCCCAACUUCCUUUGGGUCAUUAACAUCAGGGUUUUGUGAUGCUGCUAUUAAUUUAUUAAAGAAAGUUUGUUGGUUUAAUCACUCUUAAUUUUUUUUUGAUGGUCUAUCAGAUAAUAAAUAAAUGAACGUGCCCUCUCUUCCUUUUAUCUCUCACCAAUUAAAACAUGUCCUGAUCUGAAAAUAUGUCUGACCAAAAAAUAAAACAACAAAAAAUCAAGAUAAGGAACUCUUAUUUCUCCUCCCCCUCUUGAAGCAUGCCCCAUGGUUUCUUUAAUCACAGAAAUUACUGUCAUCAGGUAUCCCAACACUUCUAACCCUAAAGCUUGCUAAAUAUAGUAAUGGUGAUAAAAUACUGCCCCUCUUCUCCUAACUCCUUCCAGUAAUGUAUGUUAAAAAUAACAUAUUUUUUUUUAAAUACUUCAAUGUGAAGAGUUGAUUUAGUUCUCUGCAACUUAACCAAAGUCAGCUUGUCCUCACAGCAGCUUUGCUUCUCCUAAACUGUUGUCAUUAACCAUGCUGGUGCCUCAAGAAGCCCUGACCUGGGACUGCCUGCUGAGAUUACCUGCUGCAAGUUUUGUGUGAGUGCUCAAACCUCAGCUCAGGUACGAUUUUAUCACUUGAAUAGCAUGUGUGGUGAUAUUUUCUUUGAGUGAACAAGUGAAAAUAGCUCCUUGGAAAUG